UCCGGGCUGGAGGCGGGCGCUGGCCCGUUGGGGGCCCGCAGGGGGGCUCGGCGGCGGCGGGGCUUGGCGGACACUGGGAGCGGCACUCGGAGAACAGCGCAGCGACCCCGACGGCUGUCUUCAGCACCACCACAGCCUCCUCACUCUGUGGCCAUGAGAGCUGCCUGUGUCUUCCUGCUGUUCCUGCCUGCAGGUCUGCUAGCCCAAGGCCAAUAUGACCUGGAUCCUCUGCCCCCAUUCCCAGACCAUGUCCAGUACACCCAGUACGGCGAUCAGAUUGACAGUCAAGACUACUAUGAUUACCAAGAGGUGAGUCCCCGGCCCCCUGAGGAGCAGUUCCAGUUCCAGUCCCAGCAGCGAGUCCCACAGGAGGUCAUUCCAGCCCCAACCCCAGAAUUGCCUGCUCCAGGGAACAUGGAGACGGAGCCCACAGAGCCUGGGCCUCUUGACUGCCGUGAGGAACAGUACCCCUGCACCCGCCUCUACUCCAUCCACAAGCCCUGCAAACAGUGUCUCAAUGAGGUCUGCUUCUACAGCCUCCGCCGGGUGUAUGUUGUCAACAAGGAGAUCUGUGUCCGCACAGUCUGUGCUCAUGAGGAGCUCCUCCGAGCUGACCUGUGCCGGGACAGGUUCUCCAAAUGUGGUGUGAUGGCUGUCAGUGGCCUGUGCCAAUCUGUGGCUGCUUCCUGCGCCCGGAGCUGCGGGGGCUGCUAGGGUGGAGCUGGAGUGGGAUCCGGGCCCUGGACUCUGCUCGGAUCUGCCUCAGGCCCUGCCUGACCUGGUGCUUCCUCCAAUCCUGGCCCUCCCUUUCAUCCUGAACAGUCCAGUGGGCGGGGGGCAUGGCCAAAGCUGCCUUGGGUCCCUCCCAAGCCUGUGGUCACCCCUGAGCAGUAGGGCUCCUGACUGCCCAGUUUCUGCCCCCUGGAUGGGGUUCAUCUGAGUCCUCUUUGUGAGGUUUGGGGCCACCCAAUGUGCCUUCUCAGUGCUUCUGAGGACAGUCCCCCUUCAGUCCCCUCAGGUAGGCUGUGUCCCUCCCCCUAGCUGGUCUGCUUGGAUUUCCUACAGCCCCCAGGCAUGGACCACCUUUGUUUUAUACAAAAUUAAAGUUUUUACAGAAGA